UCAUGAUUGCGCUAUUUUAAUGACGAAGAUAGAUAUUUGCAUUGCGCAAAACCUUUGCACGUUCACCGGCUCGUCAACGAUCGCUGGGACUUGUGACCCUCUCAAAGGCGCUGUGAUUAUUAAGGACAAUGGUUUGGAAACUGGAUAUGAGAUUGCACACCAUCUCGGACACACGGUCGGUAUGAGCCAUGACGUCGAGGUCGAAAAUGGUUGCUCAGGCAUCGUGCCUCACGACGACUAUCUGGAAACGACUGUUAUGCAUCCGGGAUACCAUUACGUAACGAAGAAAUGGUCCAACUGUUCUCGAACAUAUUUCAAGCUCUACAUCGAUGCUGGCCUGGCGAGCUGUUUGCUGGACGAGGCUAAAGAUCAUCAUUUUCCAACGAUUGAAAUGCUGCCUGGUGUCAUGUAUGGAGCGGAUGAUCAGUGCCGGUUGCGUUACCGAGAUGGGGCUCGUCACUGUGAUUUUGGUAUUACCUGCUCGGAGCUCAAAUGUAAAACACCAGGCAUGGGUUGCAUAUCCGUCAACAAACCGCCGGCUGAUGGGACACCAUGUGGCGAAAAAAGGUGGUGUUACGACAUGAAGUGUCUCGUAGUUGGUGAACGUCCAUCAGUCACCGACGGUCAGUGGAGCUCGUGGUCAGCCUGGAGCCAUUGUUCCAGAACUUGCGGCUCAGGGGUUGCAUUUUCUCAAAGGAAAUGCAACAAUCCACCACCUUCGAACGGAGGCAAUUAUUGCAGUGGCAAAUGGAUGAAACACAAAAUUUGCGCAACUACGCCGUGUGAAAUUGGUGCACCGUCAUUCCGUGACGUACAAUGCUCCGAAUUCAAUGAGUGGGUCUUUCCGGAAGAUGGAAAAGUUCAUCAGUGGGUUGGGUACAAUUUGCCAGAGAAUUUAAAGGCAUCCGAAAAUCCUUGUGUACUGUACUGUCUCAGCGAGACGAAACUUUUGACAUCGUUGAAAACAAAAGUCGUGGACGGGACGACGUGUUAUCGCGGUAUAAGGGACAUUUGCGUGGGUGGCGAGUGUCGUGAGAUACCAUGCGAUCUCGAUAUGGAGUCGAAUGCGAUCGAGGACAUGUGCGGAGUUUGUAAAGGCGACAGUACAUCGUGUGUCUUAAAAGAGGGAGUCAUAAAUUUUGAACCUCAUGAAAGUACGUAACGACAAGCCUGAAGAAUAGGAAUGAUUAUGCAAGCGGAAAAAUCAGUUGAAUGAAAUUUAUCGGUAUUCAAUAUCCAAAAAAUUAUUAAUGAAAAAAAUUCCUUUCGAGCAGAAUUAAGAAAAGUCAUAGAAGUACCAGUUGGGGCGAAGAAUAUUAGGAUCGAGGAAACUCAACCCUCGAGAUCGAGAAUCGUCGUUCAAAACAAAAAAUCAAAGAGCAUCCUGAUCGACGGGUUCAUUUUCUUUUUUCUCGUCUUCACGUUAUUUUAUUCCAUGAAUAUUGAGUGUAAUGUCAAUUUCUUUUUUUAACCGGGGGAUUUUAGAAAUCGACUUGGCAUGUUCGAUGUGCCGGGCUCGAAAGCCUGGCUGGGGAUGAUUCGAUCGAAGCAAAAAGCUCUCAAUAUACCGGGCCCUGUCACUGAAGAGUUGAUCGUAUUGGUACGAUAAAAAAAAAACGAACGAGCGAGCAUUUUUCAAACUGUUAAACAUUUUCUCAAUCAUGUACUGCCAAUUUUUUUUGUAAAUAUUCAAUUCUUGUCCAAAUCGUUCAAAGUCAAAAAUAAAUAUUCUAAUAAAUUUGUGUCCUCGUCUAAUGGUAACACUACUCCUCCCUCUCUGUUUUAAAAAAUUUGUUAAAAUUCAAAUAAGUAUGAUUUUCGUUAGAUUCGUUCACGAGAAAAAGUGACCAUGAAAUAUUCGUUGGGACUAAAACGGGAUGAGCCGAGAAAGGCGUCCUUCGAAUGGAGAUACAUCGACUGGUCUCAUUGCAGCGCUGCAUGUGGGCCAGGUGAGCAGUUAAGCAAACCAAGCUGCGUCGAAAAAAUUGGCGGUCUCGUUGACGAGCACUUUUGCAAAAACAUUACAAAACCGGAAGUGAAAGUUCGAACGUGCAAUCAGGCAGCCUG